AUGCUAUCAGCUCUUAUAAUUUACCUAAUUAAUCCCCUAGCCUUAAUUGUUCCUGUCUUACUUGCAGUUGCAUUUUUGACCUUAAUUGAACGAAAGGUUUUAGGCUAUAUACAAUUACGAAAAGGCCCCAAUGUAGUGGGCCCUUAUGGCCUUCUUCAACCAAUCGCCGACGGUGUAAAAUUAUUUAUUAAAGAGCCCGUCCGACCUUCCACCUCCAACAGUAUUUUAUUCCUAGCAGCUCCCAUAUUAUCCCUUACCCUUGCACUAACCCUUUGAGCCCCCAUGCCAUUGCCCCACGCAACUGCAGACAUCAGCUUAAGCAUUUUAUUCAUCCUAGCAUUAUCUAGUUUAACCGUUUAUUCAAUUUUAGGCUCCGGCUGAGCAUCAAACUCAAAAUACGCCUUAAUAGGGGCACUCCGAGCAAUCGCUCAAACCAUUUCAUAUGAAGUCAGCCUAGGACUAAUUAUCCUUGGAGGCGUCAUUUUUACUGGAGCUUUUACACUUCAAAUCUUUAGCACUACUCAAGAAGCUGUAUGAUUAAUACUCCCUGCUUGACCUCUCGCAAUAAUAUGAUACAUCUCGACACUAGCAGAAACUAACCGAGCCCCAUUCGACCUAACAGAAGGAGAAUCAGAGCUAGUCUCAGGGUUCAAUGUAGAAUAUGCAGGAGGCCCUUUUGCACUUUUCUUCCUAGCAGAGUACGCCAAUAUUCUAUUAAUAAAUACACUAUCUGCAGUAUUAUUCUUAGGGGCCUACCAUAUCCCCACCUUUCCAGAAAUGAUGUCCUUAAAUUUAAUAAUAAAAGCUGUUUUUUUAUCUAUCUUAUUCCUCUGAGRACGAGCCUCAUACCCACGUUUUCGCUAUGACCAGUUAAUACAUUUAAUCUGAAAAAAUUUUUUACCUUUAACACUUGCAUUUGUCAUCUGACAUUUAGCGAUACCAAUUACAUUCGGAGGCCUACCUCCACAAUAA